GGAUCACAGCUAGAGACAAACACAGCUAUCUCUAAAAAAACAGGAGACCUGUGUCCAGAAGUCGACAUCAGACAGAAGGAGUCGAACUACAAUACCAAUCUGUGGCCUUCCAGAAUUGUUACAGCAACCUCGUGGACAGAGAUAGCUUAACCUUCACAUUUCAAGAAACGAACACUCCAGUAAGCUUCGCGAGGCAUGUCCAUGAAGCCUCCUUUGUUAAAAACAUCGCUGUGUUAAAUUUAAAGGGCAAAAGAAUGGUACUCUUAUUUCUACGUCUAUGGACAUGCCGUUAUGGAUUCCAAACGCUGAAAGGGAAUAUGUUACAAUGGAUACGAUGUAUAAAGAGCUGUGAAUAAAGCAAACAAGAACACCGAGAUAGUGUUACAUCUGCAGCUUUGUCUGCAAAACAGAUGCUCGUAGAUGAGCUUGAUGGUCAUGAAGUCGGCAUGCUCCACUCGUUGACCCGUGUCUGUUGGCGUUGACGUGCAGACGGGAUGUUUCGCCUCCUCCGGAGAAGCCUUUGCAAGGUUGCGCCAAUCCUCACACCAGAUGGGGACACCUCGCUCAGCGAGGCCAACGGCAAGGAUCAAAGCUCACCGAACUCAAAUGCAAAUCUUACGCCCGAAUCAAAGUGCCAGCCCAGUGAUGCUCAGGCCCAGUCAAAGCCAUCGACUGAUGGCCCAGUUCCCAGGGCUGUGGAGGCCCCUGACCCUCCUGAGCCGCUGCCUUCCAGUGCAGCCACGCCAGGAGAUGCUCGACAGCAGACCGACGAUGCAAGGAAUGACAAGGAGGUUGCUGAUAAGAGGUUGGCAAAUUCCUCAACUUUGAAACUCAACCCAGAGACGGAGAUGCACAUCCGAGAUCUGGUGGAGCGUUUUCGAGUCCGCACGGAGAACAUGAAGGACUACAUCAUGGACCCAGAUGCCUCGUCGCCAGAGCCCAGCCCUGAACCGUCACCUACAAAGAAGCAUCCAGGUAAAGCACCAUCACCUUCACCAGUGAAGGGAGAGGAGGAGAAGGAGGAAACAGCUCCGCAAGCCGCCGUGGAGGCUGCCACUGAACAGCACGAAUGUCAAAUGCUUUGCUGUCGGUUCAAGCGGAGGCCCUGGAUGGAUAAGAUCAAGAAAAUGAAGCUGCCAGAGACCAUUGAUCCAUGCGCAGACAGGAUAUACUUGAUAUGGCUGACCCUGGUGAUGCUGGCAUUCCAAUGGAGCUGCUGGUUCCUGCCGCUCAGGCUUUCCUUUCCCGUGCACACGCCCAAUACCAUGUCAUUCUGGUACAUCGGCGACUAUACGUGCGACGCCAUCUACCUGUUAGACAUCCUGGUCAUGCAGUGUCGGCUCCAGUUCGUCCACCGCGGGGACAUUAUCACAGACCAGAAAGAGACAUCAAAGUUCUAUUACCAUUCAGAAAAAUUCAAGUCAGACCUGCUCUCUCUGCUGCCUCUGGACAUUUUGUACCUCAAGUUUGGGCCUUCUGCCAUGUUCCGUCUGCCUCGCCUCAUCAAGUACUAUGCAUUCUUUGAGUUCAACGAUCGAUUGGAAGCCAUUAUGAGCAAGGCAUACAUUUACAGAGUGAUCCGGACUACUGGGUACCUGCUCUUCAGCUUACACCUCAACGCCUGCUUUUACUACUUCGUCUCCGAUAUGGAGGGACUGGGCAGCACCCGUUGGGUGUACAAUGGCAAGGGCUACAGCUACCUGCGAUGCUUUUUUUACGCGGAGAGGUCGCUGAUGGUGAUUGGGGACCUGCCCCACCCUACCAACGAACUCGAGUGGAUCUUGCAGAUGGUCAAUUACUUUAUUGGAGCCUUCAUCCUGUCCUCCCUCCUGGGACAGAUGGGCGACGUGAUCGGCGCCGCAACAGCGGGGCAGAAUUACUACCGCACGUGCAUGGACAACACGCUGAGCUACAUGAACAUGUACCACAUCUCGCGCGCCGUGCAGAACCGCGUACGCAUGUGGUACGAGUACACCUGGGCCUCCCAGGGCAUGCUGGACGAGUCCGAGCUCCUCGAAAAACUGCCCAUCAAGAUGAGGCUGGAGAUCGCCAUCGACGUCAACUACACCAUUGUCAACAAGGUGGCCCUCUUCAAGGGCUGUGACCGGCAGAUGAUAUAUGACAUGCUGCUCAGGCUUAAGUCUGUCGUCUACUUGCCUGGAGAUUUUGUCUGCAAAAAGGGCGAGCUUGGGAGAGAGAUGUACAUCAUCAAGGCUGGAGAGGUGCAGGUGGUUGGAGGCCCUGAUAACAAGAUCGUGUUCGUCACACUACGAACCGGCUCCGUGUUCGGAGAAAUCAGCCUUCUGGCGGUUGGAGGUGGGAACCGCCGCACGGCGAACGUGAUGGCGCACGGAUUCGCAAACCUCUUCAUCCUGGAUAAGAGAGACUUAAAUGAAAUCUUACGCAUCUACCCUGAGUCGGAGAAGCUGCUUCGCAAGAAAGCCAAGAAGCUGCUGUUAAAAGACAACAAGAAAAAUACUGAGGGUGUACCCGUGGCCCGGGGUUUUGCAAGCAUCUUCCCAGAGAAGCCAGCAACACCAAAAUUGCUGCGUCUGAUUGCAUUGGUUUCCCGAAAAGCAGCAAAGGACAAAGAAAAGUAGCCAGAAUCUAGCCUCCAAAAUUUCCAUAAUAUUUUUUACCCUUUCCAACUGAAGUUGAAAGCAUUAAUUCAUUAGUUACGUCCGUCCGUCCGUCCCUAUGUCUGUAACGUGAGGUCGCGAUCACUCCUGUUCAGAUUAUCCAUUAUAAAUAAAAUGUUAUCAUUGAGUUGUGUUGAUACUAGGGGAUAGCCAUAGAGAAUACUGGGCAUAUUGGUCAAACGGUUGUCCAACACUUGACAAUAAUCACAAAAAAAUUACAAAAUGCAUAGGCCUUUUCACAUGGUGAUAACGUCAUAUGCCACCCACAUAUAUUAUGAUAAGGAAUGUUUCUGAUACAUUUUUCAUAGCCAGUUGUACGCAUUUAUUUAAACAAAAAUACUUCUGAGGAUAAACUUGUUGGUAAGUAUGAAAGAGUUCAAGUGGGCGCAUGAUUUUUCUUGUUAUUAUAAGCAUAGAAAUGCCUAUAAUUGUUCCCUGUUUAUAACUUGCAUUGCAAGACCUAAUAUUAAGCGCUGUUAUUACAGUAUUGCUAAUGAAUGCAGUCAUUUUAAGCGUACAGUAUACCUAAUUAUUUUUGCUUCUUUGCUGUAAUGUUUCAAUUUGUCAUUUGGUGAUCUAGGCCACUCGUGCAAAUCCAACUCUCGAUCCUGGUUUCUUGAGUUUUCACCUGGUCUAAUAAAUAACUCUGACUUGACUUCUACCUGACAUUAAUAGCAAAGGCCACUUGAUCUUCCUAAACAUGUAUUGACAAAGGAAGCACAUUUUCAAAGUCUAUGAGAAUCUACACCCAUGACUUAAAAUUCCAGUCAUUUGUGUGAGCUCAAAUCCCCCUUUGCAACGUAAAAGUAGCCCUUCAUCUCUCUUUAUCUCUCUGUGGUUGAUAGAUUGAGCUCACUUUGAGAGAAGUUAACAGUGGUGUAUAGCACACACCUGUCGUCCACAACUUUCAAAGGAAAUAGUUGGUGGGCUGCAAGGUGGCCCAGAGGUUAAAAUAUUACACAUGUGUUUAUAACUUCACUUUCCAGAGCAUUGCCUGGUAUGUGAUGGUUUUCUCCAUGUAUAUUUCCAAAGCACAUUAUUAUCAUCGUGAUCAGGCGUGAACCCCUCGGGACGUGGCGGCCUGCACGAGACGCCGCCGGGUGACCCGACCUGGCGCUGGCCGCCAUGCUGAGUUGCAGGCCAAGGCCAUGGAGUUGAAAAUCAAUCGGAGUCGUGUGUGGCCACGUCAGCCGUGGCGUCAUAACUAAUCCCGUGGGUGGGCUGUCGAUGAUCGCUCGCAGGGCUCUGGUGUGAUCUGCUGAGGCAUCCGCCUGGGCAACUUAUUCAGAAGAACCAAAGUCUUCUGUCUAUUUGUCAGACACUGAUGGGGUACCCUGUGGUGAUGUGCUCGCUCAUGUGAAGGAUCCUUCACAAGGCUGAUCGAAGGCAUCCAUUUUUCCGGCUUAGUGACGCUGUCGCUGACCGCAUCUCUGAGCCAUAUAGGAGUAGUACGAGAAGGUUGUACAGCAUUAUAUAGGCGGAUCUUAGUUACUGUGUCAAUGCCUGAGUGCCAGGUGCAAAACAUGAAUGGAAUUAUCCAAACAUCCCAAUGCAGAACACUCCUUAGAAAAUAUGGAGUUCCAGUAGGGCUUUGCUGGAAAAAUAAAGGUCAUUAAAUUAGUGUAGAUGUUGGGAUGCUGCCUGGGGAAAUGGUUGCCACACUGGACUUGCAUUCCAGAGGAUGCACGUUCGAUCACCCGGUGUGGCAGCUAACAAUGACGAAAGUUUAUUAAAUCCCCCCCACCUCUGUCCACCCAGCAAUAUAAAUAGGUUCACCAGAGUCGAUUGGCCGGUCGUGUAUGUGAGGGGUAAGCGUGGGUUCUCACAACUUUUCCAAAAUUUCUGGCCAGCAGAGAAGAGGAAAUCAAAAUACCUUCCAUCAGGGUUCUCAAAGCUACGUCUUGUGGAGGCCCUUCCACUAGCAGUGACAUUAGCAGGAAUUUGUAAGGCUGCACCUUUGCCAUUUAUAAUGUUUACACUAUUGGUUGUCCUGUGGAGUGGCUGUCUUAGCUCUAGGAAUGUGAAAUUUUUCCCAUGGCUCAAAAUCAUGGCAAUUAGCGGCACCCCAUGUUCAGGUGAGGGUUAUACACAUUUGGUUUGUAACUUUUUGUGAAUGCCUCCGGACGACAAUGAAUCAUUUAGAUGAAUACAGUAUUUGUUUUAUUUUAUGUUUGCGACAUUGCAUACCUUUAACAUUAAUGUCUAACGGGAAUUAAUUUCAAUAUUUAUCUUUAUGUUAAUAAUUAAUUGUCUUUAAUUGUAAUCAUAUAUAGCAGAAUAUUUAGGCAAUAAGCCUAUGAGUACACUGUACAUAUCCUGGAAUGCACCCGAUCUCGUCGGAUCACCAUAAUUCAUCGUGUAUCUUGCAUGAAAGCGUGACGACCAUGCACAACAGUGUUACAGGCUGUGACGCUACUUUUUGGGCAGAUGGCAGUGUAGCAAAAUUCAUUGUAAAACUGUACUUCUAUGCUCCCAAAUCUGAGGUCACCACCUUCACAAACCUGGCCAGGAUAGUGGUGAAAUAUGGCCAAAUAACCCCCACGUCCCACGCCACAGUGUGGAGAGGCCCUCAUCCAGCAGUGGAUUGACAAAAGGGUUGUACAUGUAAAUGUGAGAUGUUCCAUGUAACGUUUUUGAACAUUUAUUAUUUUUUCUUAUAUUUUUGUGUCUCUCUGACAUUAAAAAAGAACAGUAUAGUAUGCAUUUUUGGCAAUUGUGCUGACACACAUCUUGUAAAAGAGAUAUGCAAUCAGAAAAUGUGAGUUUCAUUGAUUU